AUGGCCUCCAUGCUGAGACCCCUUCUCAUCACCCUCUUAAUCACCACUCUCCUCAUCUCCUACAUUCCAGCGGUGAAGGUGUCAGCAGCAGCAUUAAUACUAUACAACAAGUGCACCCACCCAGUGUGGCCCGGCAUCCAACCCGGCGCAGGAAAGCCCAUUUUGGCCCGCGGAGGCUUCAAGCUCCCACCUAACAAAGCCUACUCCCUCCAACUCCCCGCCCUCUGGUCGGGCCGCUUCUGGGGCCGACACGGCUGCGCCUUCGACGCAUCCGGUCGAGGCCGCUGCGCCACCGGGGACUGCGGUGGUUCUCUCUUCUGCAACGGCAUCGGAGGAACCCCGCCUGCGACCUUAGCAGAGUUCACACUGGGUAAUGACCAAGACUUCUACGAUGUCAGCCUUGUUGAUGGGUACAACCUACCCAUCUCCAUUACCCCUUUCAAGGGAUCUGGGAAGUGCAGCUACGCUGGGUGUGUGAGUGACCUCAACAUGAUGUGCCCGGUGGGCCUGCAGGUUCGGUCACAUGACAAGAAGCGCGUGGUGGCAUGCAAGAGUGCUUGCUCUGCUUUCAACUCACCCGAGUACUGCUGCACUGGUUCCUAUGGAAGCCCACAGGCCUGCAAGCCCACUGCUUAUUCUAAAAUCUUCAAGACCGCAUGCCCCAAGGCCUAUUCCUAUGCCUAUGAUGACCCUACCAGCAUUGCCACUUGCACCAAGGCUAGCUAUUUGGUCACUUUCUGCGCUCACCACCGCAACUGA